UUGCCUGGAGAGGCUGAGGAAAACCACGAUAAAACUCAGUCAUUGCGUGGUUUGCAUGCAUUGAUGUGUUAGCCCAUAUUAUGUUAGUACCGUAUCAUGAUUCUGAAAAUACCUCAUGUUCAUUGUUGUAAUGAUUAGGGUUUGAAAUUUGUAUUGUGUAAAAAUGUAGCACAGUAUGAAUUGAAUGUGAAACAAGGUUAUUUGCAUAAGUACAUGCAGGGGGUUAUUAACAGUGUCUGAUAUUUUUUGAAGACCACGGUUUGGUGUAAAAGAUUUUCCUCACAUUCUGAUGUAACUAGUGGAUUUAUUUGUAACGUUUCACUACUUCAGAUGAGCACUGUUUGUUUUAUGCAAAAUCUUUAUAAUGGGUUUUAUUGUACUUGUAUAUAUGUAUUGAAUCAUACUGUCAUCUGACUAACUUAUGGAUCCAUGAAAUAUAAUAAAUAUGUAUGAACUAGCCACAACUUGGAAAUUACUAUCACUGGCAUUGGGAAUGUUUGGUUAUUAUUGUUCAAGAAUUGAAGGAGGUGUUGGCCGGGGGUCUGCACAAGUGUUGUACCAUCAGCAACAAAGAAGUGUCCCAGGGAGAAUGCAGCAGUCUCCUGGGCCAAACCCGCCACAGCAUGGCUACAACACGCAGCAGCCUAUUCAGACAGUUAGUGUUGGAUAUUCCACCCAGCAGAACACACCUGCAUACACAACCCAGUCCCAGCCCCAGCCCCAGACCCAGCAACCGUCAUCUGGUGGCUCUACUCCACAGGGCUAUUCUUCUCAGCAGUAUCAGAAUCAGCAACAGUCACCGACACCGGCACAGCAACAACAGCAGCCCCCACUGCCGCCACAACAACAGCAACAACAACAGCCGUCUCCACAGCAGCAGCCAGAGCUAAUGCAAGCUGCCAUAAAAGCUGAAUCUGCAGCUCCUACGCCUUCUAGUAGUAUGGAAGUGGAAGUAGGUAGUGAAGGUCCAACAGAGGGAGGUGGAGAGACAGCAAAAGUUAAAAGCUGGCAGCUGAAGAAGAAAAUGCCUGGUUUCAAGAUAAAUAAGAAGGUGAAGAAGCGCCGUCAAAACGCUCGCCUCAGGAAGCUUUUGCAGCCAAAAAAUGCCAUUAUGGUUCUCAAUGAAUUAAAGACUGGCAUCAAGUUUACUUUCCAAGAACAUACAAAUGCUCUAACACAAACAAUGUUUGUUGUUAAUGCAGAGGUAGAUGGAAAGAUCCAUACUGGUCAAGGUCUUUCCAAGCCAUUAGCAAAGCAGAAUGCUGCUGAAAAUGCCCUCAAAGCUCUUCUUUUAGAGAAAAUGGCACAGGCUGCUAUAAAAGUAGAAGGUUCUGAGCUACCUGAACCAGUGCAGGAGGAUACAAACAAUGAUACAGGAAGUACUGCAAAUACUGAGGGAUCUGAUGAGAUGUCAGAUUCAGGAAGGUCAGAAACUCCUGAGGAUGAAGUCCCAUGGGGUAGCCUGGCAUCAUUUGCUUUGUACAAACUGUUUACUGAUUGGCAGAGUCAGGGGACUCAUGUUCCCAUUCCAAAACAAACAGCUGUUCCAGCCACCAAACAGAUUCAAACAGCUCCUGCUCCAAUGAAGAAAAUUCCAGAAAACCCUACUGAUCGUCAUCCUGUAAUGCUGUUGAAUCAGAUGAGACCUGGAAUACAGUUUACUGAGAUCAGUCGGGAGGGAACUCCUCCAAAUCUCACUUUCACGCUGGGGGUUACUGUUGAUGGAAAGUCAUACACUGGAGUUGCCAAAAACAAGAAGGAUGCCAAGAAAGAAGCAGCCAAAGCAGCACUUGCAGGAUCUCUGAAUAUAUUCUAUGAUUGAAGAACCACAGAAACUUUGUUUGUUCCUUUUAAUGUGUGCAGUCAUAAGUACUGUAUGGAUGUAAAGUAGUAAGAGAGAACUUUUUCCUAAGUAUUUUCAUUGCAUUUGAGAAGAUAAUGCUGCCUAAUGCCACCCUAUUAUCCUAAUGAUGUUGUUGUCCCUUUUGACAGUUUUGGAACCUCUUUAAGUAACUAAUGCUACACAGCAUGCAAUAUUUUAUUAAGCUUAUGGUCAUUCCUUGUGAAGGGCUGUGCAGAUUGUAAAUGGUGGUAUAGUAUGUAACUUUUUUUCUGUCUUGUUAGAUUUGAGAAAUCUAUCUUAACCUUAUUCUAGGGGAGAAUUGUAAUACUGAGGUCCUGAAAGCCACAUGAGAAAAGUUUUAGUAGCACUUGGCAUUAUUGACUAAGCCCGUGGAUAUAAUCUAUUUGGGAAGUGUUUUUCUGUGACUCUUUAUUCUAUGGUAUGAUCCUUUGCUGUUUUUAGAGCAUAUAAAUGUAAGAAUUGGGAAUGUAUAUACAAUCCAACUAUACUGUUGUGUUUGGCAUUUAGACAAUACACCAUUUCAGUCAAAAUUUCAUUACUAGGAGAAGGGCUUUUUAGGUUUGGGGAUGGGAAUAUGAAAUCUCUCUUUUUUUAACCCCCUGUUGUUGAUAUUUAAGUUUCCUGCUGCUUGCUUAUGUGAGUUAUUUAAAUUUGCAGUGGUGCUGUUACCUGGCAGUUACUCAUGCCAAUGUUUAUUUGUAUUUAUUUGCCAGCAGUUAUGAGAUCCAUUUCAGAGAUUACCAUUAUUAUGCCAUGUUGGUGACAACUUGAAGUAUAAACAAUUGGCCACAAGUUUACGUGUAUGUUGCCUUGUGAGUGAGACUCCAUAUUCCACUCCGAGGGAUUAAGUUCGUGUCAUUAGCUCCAUACAGCAGAAUUUGACAACCAGUGAGCAGGACAGAGUAUCUUCAGUGGGGUAUAGAAUAGUAACUGCUUCUCAGGGAACCCACUUUUACAUACAUCACUAAUUUCCAUCUUUGUGUAUGCCUUGUUUUAAUCUGUGUAUCAACAUUUUCAAGAUUUAUUUGGCACAUUAUAAAAUUUAAAAUUGACUGCAAGUUUUUCUCCCCAAAAAUAUUAUGGUUUGACAUGGAAUUUGACAUACUCCAUAUUCAGAUGUUGAAAAAACUUUUUUAUGAGUGCAUUAAAAUUGCUUUUUAGACAAGUGGAUUGUAAGUAUCAAACUCAUAGCUGGCACAUUGUUCUCUGCAAAGAUGGAUAGGUCAUCUGUGUCUAAUGCUUGGUGGAUAGACAGUGAUAAGUAACUUAGAUUGCAGUCAGUGUAACAUAUCAAAGUUUAAAAAAUCCUGUAAGUUAUAUGCAUGUUUUGGAUGCUUUUGUGUUCAGAGGUGGACCAACUAAUAUGUAGCGUCAUAUUCUCUGCAGUAGAAGUGUGUUACAAAUCAUGGAAAUCUUAAUUUCAAAUAAGAUAGAAUAUUUUUGCAGUGUAGUCUUUUGUUCAAUAGGACCUUCCUCAUUUUUAUCAUUUGUGUUAACUUCUGUCCAUGUAAAAAUUACCUCAGUUCAAUGCUUAGAUUCAUUGUCCCAAAUAGAAACCUAAAUGUUUUCCAUUUAGGAAGGAGGGGUGGCAGUGUUGUAUAUUCCAAGUACUUUGGGGGAAAUUAACUUACAGUGGCCCUCAGAAUGAUUUGUAUCAAAAGUAUGAAAAUCUGUAUUGACAAGUGUGUUUCUCAUGACCAUUUUCUGAAAAACUGAAAUGGCAGAUGGCAGUGAGUCUCCACAUGAGCAAAAAUAAUAUGGAACUCGGUGUUGAGGUUGCUUUGACAUUGAACCAAGUAGAACUUACGUGUGGUGUUAGCCUCCCUUCAUUGGACUGCAAAGACUGAACAUGCAUACAGAAAAACCUUGCUGAUGUGGUCAGUUCUAGCUCAGUUGAUUUUGCAUGGUUAUUGCCACUCAUUUGUUGACAUUUAUAUAGUGAAGGUUUCUGACAAUGUAAGUCCUAAAAUACUUUUCUGUGUCUUAAAAGUGUCACAUGUAACUCUCAGAUCAUGUUCUACAGCUUAUAGUCAUGACAUCACCUUUGGAAGUACAAGUUCUGCAAUGUCCACACACAUAUAAUUGAAAAUAACUCAAUUUCUGUUUUGUGCUUCAGUAAAAUAAUUUUAAUAUAUUGUGAUAUAUUAAAUGAUAUCCAAUGGGUACUGGGGUCCUUUCCCAGGGGUAAAAUGCAGGCAGGGUGUGAUGCUAAACACUCGCCCCCAACUAGUGCUGAGGUUAAGAAUGAGUAGGAGCUGUACCAUCUCUCCCCGCAAGCGCCAAUAUGGCAUACAGUGGGACAGCUUUUUCUAAUUAUAAUUAGAAAAUUCAUUAAUUUGCAAAUUAAAAUUAUAGCCUGAUCCAGAUCACACUUUUCCCUCAUAGUUCACAGUGAUGUUUUACUGUACAGACAGCACCGUGUUAUCAGACAUAACUUCUUGGUUAACACUGGUGAACUAAAAACUGAAUUUUCCGGCCCUGUCAUACUGGUAGGUUUGAUAUCGUUCUGCUGAAAUGGUUACUGUGAUUUGUCAAAUAUCAAAGUCAAUGACAUUUAAAUGUCUGCAGUUUAGCAUUUAACUACAAAUAGAUUAUUAUCUUAGAAAUUCAUAAACUUACACUCCUGUUUGUGUUUUCAAACAUGCAAGUCAGUGUUACAUCAUAUAAAAAAUUAUUAUCCUAGACAUUGCCUGCAACAAAUGAAUGGCCACUUUUGUUUUCAUGUAGUUAGACAUCGAUUCUUUAGUUUUACUUUCUAUGUGAUGAAGUAAUAGAAUGGCUUUGCUUGAUUGAGCAGUGAUAAGUAUGUUUCACAUUGAAUAUUUUAUUCAUUUUAAAAUAUGAAUCUUACACAGUUUACCAACGUUAACAAUGUCAAGUUCUUUUAUGUCAUGUGAAGGUUAGCCAUUUCAUGUUUCCUCUAAAAAUUCCACAUGCAGGACAGUCUAAACAUUAAAAACAACAACAUAAUUAAGUUCUCAUUAAUGUUAUUAGCUGUAACUCAAAUGUUUAUGCAUAUCUUGACAUGUACAAUUUUUAUUAUUGUACUGCAACAAGAAUGGUUGACAUUUUAUGCUUAGUAGUAGCAUGAAAGGAAAUAAUUAGAACUGAUAAUUUAAGUAGGUGUGUUGAAGGUUCCCAUGAAAGUGAAUGAUAGAUAAUAAAGCUUAGUGUCUGUAUA